AUGCGAUUGCAAAGGCUACAACAUGGUCGCUCAUUACGAGAGCAAAUCCGUGAUCAAAUAUCCAUUUACGAUCGCAUGUUCCAAGAUACAUCCAAGUUAUCCUGGAGCGAGGUACGCGAAGUCGCAAAGGAGUUUCAACCAACGCUCGAAAAGUUGACACCCCAUAUAUACGCCGAGAUGGAAGGAAUCGCCGAGGGUGCUGGGCAAGAUGUGCUCGAUAUUGUAGCGCUCAAUUCUCGCAGUGAGAUCGCAUUGGGGAAGUUCUCCGAUGGCUGUACAACAUUGUGCUGGAAGAAGAGCGAUGGGGCGCGAGUACUCUCUCAGAACUGGGAUUGGACGGCGAAUGUCAAGAAGAAUUUGGCUAUGGUUUCAAUUGAGCAGGCUGGAAAGCCGACUAUCCAUAUGGUAACCGAGGCAGGAAUUGUUGGCAAGAUCGGAUACAAUUCUGCCGGUGUUGGAACUUGUCUCAAUGCGAUUCGCGCCAAACCAAUGAUCAGCAGCAAGAUCCCAAUUCACGUUGCACUUCGGUUAUGCUUAGAGAGCACAUCUGUGAAGAACGCCGUGGAAACCCUCGAGUCUCUGGGUGGUGUAGCCUCUGCCCAGCACAUUCUGUGCGCAGACGGCACAACAGCGCUAGGGCUCGAACUAUCGCCGGUAGGAGACAAGCAUAUGGCAGAAGAUGCGUCGGGGAUCAUCAGGCAUACCAACCACUUCAUUGAGAACCGCUAUGUGAAUGAGCCACCAUGGCUGUCUGGGUCCCCAAUUCGGUUGGAGCGACUACACAAGUUGACGCAAGAGUUGAUUCGGGAGGGAGUCAAAGGCGAUUCAAUCACUCCUGCUCUAUUGCGAGACCGGAUCUUCUCUGAUACGUACAACAUGCCACAGGCGAUCUGCUGCCAAGAGGAUCCGUCGCGCCCUAUUACCAGCAGGAGUAGUUCUUUGUUCAACAUUGUUAUGAACUUGGAUCCGAAUAAUCUCGGAGCAGAGGUUGUCUUUGGUCGGGUUGGAUCUGGGGAAGAAGGACCUGUGUUGCGAAUGCCCUGGAACUAA